AUGUCAUUGAAUCAACGUAUGGAGGAGAUGAAUAAGAAACGGUUGUGUCGAAAUUGCUUGUCCGCUGGACAUUUUGCUGAGAAUUGUUCCCGAGGUUCCUGUAUACGAUGCGGCAGAAAGCAUCACACCCUCCUACAUCACGAAAACGGAGUAAGCGUAUCUAGUGCAACAAAACCAUUCGUUCCAAAAGCGCAAGGUAGACCACCGACAGCAGGCCCACAACCACAACAACCGCAACACAAGCCACACGGUCAGACACAAACCACACUCACUCAAACACCAACAGAACAAAAAGCCACUACAUCAUAUCCAGCUGUAAGCACAACCCCUCUUAACACUCACCCACGAAACACCACAGAACAUCACACAACAACUACUCUUGAAGCCGUCGCUCAAGUUCCGUCAUGUCAAGUUCUCAUCUCCACUGCCAUUGUGCGGGUGGAAGAUCAAUUUGGCAAUAUUUCGUUCGCUAGAACUUUGCUGGAUUCGUGUUCCGAACUCUGUUACAUGACCAGUAAAUUUUCGAAGAGACUAAAGCUCAGGGAAUCACCCGCAUUCCUGCAAGUACAAGGCAUCGGCAAUGGUAGCACUUCAGCUACUAAGUGCGUUGAAGCAAACAUCCAGCCACGUCAUCCCUCAAUUUCAUCGUUUGCGGAAAAUAUGAAGUUCUACGUUUUACCAAAGAUUACCAACGCUAUACCGAUAAGCUCAGUUGAGAUCGAUCCUGGUCACCUUCCCCAAGAAAUGGUAUUGGCGGAUCCAUCGUACGGAAAACCCGGAUCAGUCGAUAUGAUCAUUGGAGCUGAAAUAUACUUUGACUUGCUCACUGCCGGGAAGAAAAAGUUGAGUGAAGACGGCCCAACUCUCCAAGAAACCGUAUUCGGUUGGGUGAUAUCAGGACGAGUUCCUAAGCAAGUUUCUCCGCGUACAUGGACCUUCGUUAGUUCAACUGUGGAUCUUCAAGAGUUGAUCGCCAAGUUUUGGGAAUUAGAGACCUGUUAUGUGACCAGUACUCAUUCCGUGGAAGAGACCGCAUGUGAAGAACUGUUCGAGCGAACUACCGUGCGUGACGCUGAAGGUAGAUUCGUCAAAUUAGGAGAAUCGAAAGCUAUUGCACUGAAACGGUUCUCGAGCCUGGAGAAAAGGUUAGAUGCGAAUCAUGAGCUGAAGGCGAUGUACAAGGAGUUUAUUCACGAGUAUCAGCUGAUGGGUCAUAUGAAGGAAGCACGCGACGAUCCUUAUCAGGAGCCCAUUUACUACAUGCCUCAUCAUGCCGUGUUGAAGCCAGACAGCACAACGACAAAACUUCGUGUUGUUUUCGACGGGUCGUGUCGCACAUCGACUGGAGUCUCCCUAAAUGAUGCGUUAAUGGUAGGCCCAGUGGUUCAGGAUGACCUGUUUUCAAUCAUCACCCGUUUUCGUUUGCAUCGCCUUGCUCUUGUCGCGGACGUUGCAAAAAUGUAUCGAAUGGUACAAGUUCAACCUUCUGAUCGGCAUUUGCAGCGAAUUCUCUGGAGAGAUUCAUCCGAAGAUCCAGUGAAGUCAUUUGAGCUCACAACCGUUACCUACGGCACUGCAUCUGCGCCGUCGCGACAAAAUGUCUCUCAACGCUAG